CGGGGCUAUAGGUAUUUGCUCUCGGUAAGGGAUCACGCCACGCUGUUCAGCUGGUUUAUCCCGGUGAAGUCGAAGUUCACGCGAGAGGCUGCGGAAGCGCUGGUGGCGAAUGUAUUUUGUUUAACUGGUUACCCAGUGAUUGUUCGAUCAGAUCGAGGAUUCGGCGAACAGGGC